AGACGACUCUACACAUGUUGAAGCCUGAAUCAGCAAAGCAAAGAUGGAAGAUAUCCCAAUUGAAACGCAGGAGAUUGAGCUCGAGACUCCUGUUGAAGAUGUGUUCAUGGCUCCGUCUAUCCACCGGCCAGAGAUCCUUUCCGGCGCCUCAUACUCCCACUUCUCACCUAUCCCCAAGACUAUCGAAGAUGACAUGACCACAGAGUGCGUUCUUGGAAUCGACGAGGCUGGGAGAGGGCCAGUACUCGAAGGUCCUAUGGUCUACGGGCUCUUCUACCUCCCACUGUCAAUCCAUCGAUCGCUCCUGGCCGAUACCCACCAUUUCGACGACUCCAAAGUCCUUACACCGGCUGUACGAUCGUCCUUGAUGGAGAAGCUAUGCACUUUAGAUUCAGAUCUGUACCAGUCCUGUGGAUGGGCGACGAGAGUCAUGUCUGCAAGAGAUAUCUCUUCAGGAAUGAUGAAGGCAAACGGGACAUACAAUCUCAAUGCACAGGCCAUGGAUGCGACCAUCGAUCUCAUCAAGCGUACCAUGGCGACAGGUGUCAACAUCAAAGAGAUCUACAUCGAUACGAUCGGGAGACCAGAAAUCUACCAGAAGAAGCUAGAGAAGAUCUUCCCCACCGCAAAGAUCACGGUUGCGAAGAAGGCAGACUCAUUGUUUCCCUGCGUCUCUGCAGCCUCGGUCUGUGCAAAAGUAACCAGAGAUGCAGCCUUGGAUGUUUGCUAUGAGUCCUACUCUACCACUUCGGAUGGGAAAGACAAGUCUGCUGAUGGUUGGGGCUCCGGAUACCCUUCCGAUGCGCGAUGCACGACGUGGCUGAAACAGAAUAUGGAUCCUGUUUUCGGGUGGGGAACAGAAUGUCGUUUCAGCUGGGGCACUGCAAAAGAUUUACUGGAGGGCAAAGGAGGGUCGGCUCAAGUCGACUGGCCUGCAGACGACGAUGACGAUGGAAUGAAGAUGACCGAUUUUUUCAUAGGUUCCACGGAGAAAUCUCAGGAGGGCGACGAGUUUAUGAACUGGUAUGGUCAUAGAGUCACUGAGAAGAUAUUCUAA